UGGUCUCUGCAGUCAGCCCCCACUAUAAACAGCUGCAAAGACACAGCAGUCUUCAUGGGAACAGAGCAGAGGAGGGAACACAGUCACUCUGAUUGAUCAGCAGACGUGAGCUUAGACAUAUACAACAGGCAUCCAUGCGUAUGUGUGUGUAUGCUGAAGGCAGACGGGCAUUUUAAUCAAGAUUUGGAGUUAGUUGAUCUGAGGAAGGAUCUGGAUCAGCACUUGUGCAGGAGACCAUUUCUGGCUGAACAUUGAAAAUUGAAGGAGCCAUAAGAGGCAUUUGAAAUCAGCAAGAAGCCAAAGAACAUGGGCACCUGCCCCAUCAGAUGUCAAUCCAACCUGACAAUCCUAGAAAAUCCACCUGAACCUGUGUCACCAGCCCCCCAGGAGAGCAUGACUGUAUCCCUCUGCAACUACCCAUCCUUUGGGCAUACAGAACUGACCAUGUGCUUUGGGGAGAGACUCACCAUCAUAUCAGACGAUGGUGAUUUUAUGAUGGUGAGAUCCACAACCACAGGCCGUGAGAGCUACAUUCCCACCAACUACACAGCCAAGGUGACACACAGGUGGCUGUUCAAAGGCAUUGGCAGGUACAAAGCAGUGGAGCUGCUCAUGCAGCCCAAUAACCAGAGUGGAGCCUUUUUGAUCCGAGAGUCAGAGACACACAGAGAUUGUUACUCGCUGUCUGUCCUGAAGCGCUCCAACUCUUCAUAUCUGGACGGUGUAAAGCACUACCGCAUCUCUCACCUCCCAAAUGGCUGGGUCUACAUAUCUCCAGGACUCACCUUCCCCUCCCUGCAUUACCUGGUGGAACACUAUACAGGGGUUGCAGAUGGAUUGUGCUGUCGGUUGACAGAACCUUGCUUCAUCCAGGGUUUUGACAACGCUAGAGAAGCCAUGCCUAUGCCCACAAAUAUCAGGAGGCCUACUAUCAACUGGAAGGACAUUAGCAGGUCAGUGAUCUUCAGGAGGAAGAGAGCAGAGUCAGACAACUCUCUGGUGAGCGAGGGGCUGAGGGAGGCCAUCACCUCCUACCUCCAAAUGACAGAGGGCACCAAUCACAGCUGGGACACUUGAACAAAGACAGUGGAUCAGUCUGAGAUUAUGAUGUCGGACAGACAGACAGAUUGCUGUCAAAUACUGUCUUGUCUCAUCUGCAGUUUUGGCCACUGGAAAAGGUUGUCAGCACGCCCCAAAUGUAGUCUUCGUUGGACGCUCUGGAGGGCUGAGACACUAAGAUGUUUGGAGAUGUGACAUACUGUAUGUCAGCCAGAAGAGUGUAUUUAAAGAGGCACAAGGCGGAGGUGUGAGCUGAAAAUUGAAAAUCAGUGAGACAUUUGUUCUCAUUUGGUUUCAAAAGUUGAAUGUUUCUCUUAAUUUAUAACCUCAUAUGUUUGAUUGCAAUAUGCAAUGUGUUAUUUAUAUUGUAAUAUGAUUAUUGUCAUGGUUAUGUUAUUGGAAUCCAAUGAAGUAUGUUAGCUCUGUGAUAAAUGAACAAAACAAACAUAUAAAACACCUUCACACAAAAAAGUCAACUCAAGGCCAUUAUGGAUUAUGCUCUAAGGACAUCCUACAAUUGCAGGCCUUCAAGUUUGCUGUACCUUCUGCUUGGGACCUUCUUCAAAACUCAUUGAAACUCAGUUUGUUUCAAAUUUCAAGUAUAUGGAUCAGGUGAAUAUUUGUCAGUGCCUUUGCUUAUAAAAUUGAAUGUUGCCUUAUUCAGUCAACUAGGAGGCUUGUGUUUAUUUAUGUCUGUCUAAUUGCUGUCUUUUAUAUGUUUGAAACGUGUCCUUUAUGUUCUUUUAUGCUGCCUCUUAACAAUGUCUCUCUUGCAAAAGAGAUCACAUGGUUAAAUAAAGGUUAAAUACAUUUUU